AUGCAAGACGAAACUCUCUUCCAUCAGUCACUUUCCAAAAUUUAUCAAUCAAUUGAUGUGGAAAAUAUUACAAGCUUUAAUAACAUUUGCAUAUUGGGAGUUUCAAUUAUUGUGCUUGCAAUUGUAUGGAAAUUAUUAAAGAGUUUGAUUUCGGAAGUUUACUCUUCAUUCUUUCAUCCUCUUGAUAGAUUCAUUGAUCUUGAACCUAAACUUUCCGAAAUGAAACCAUCCACCAGAACUUCCUUCUUGGCUUCCAAGAGUAGAAAGAGAAUUGGUGACUUUCCACCAGUUUAUCCAAAUGGAUGGUUCAAAAUCUGCAAUUCAUGGGAUCUUUCCCCUGGACAAGUAAUCUACAAGAGCAUGUUAGGUCUAGAACUAGCUGUCUAUAGAGCUCAACAUUCCAAAACAGUUCAUGCUAUCGAUGCUUACUGUACUCAUUUGGGAGCUAAUCUGUCAUUGGGAAGUGUCAAUGGUGAAUGUUUGACAUGUCCAUUUCAUCAUUGGUCAUUCAAUGGAGAGGGAAAAUGUGUUUCCGUUGGUGAUUCUCCACUUCCAAUGCCAAUUUUGAAAAAGAAUGGUCAAUUCAAAAGUGAGCUAUCUGUUCAAGAUUCAACUCUUGAUAUUGCAAAAAACAAGAGUGGAAAAUUGGCUGAAUCUUGUGAACAAGUGGAAGAGUGUGAACAUAGAGAUGGCAUUCCAUCACAAGCCCACACCAAGAGUUAUACAAUUAUUGAAAGAAAUGAUAACGUCUAUUUGUGGUUUGAUGCAGAGGGUCGUGAACCUCAUUGGCAACCACCAUCAGUAAGACAAAAUCUCUUCACACAUGGAAAGAUUGCUCAUCACAUCUAUUGUCAUAUUCAGGAAAUUCCAGAGAAUGGACCAGAUGCCAAUCAUUUAAAUGUUGUCCAUAGAGAAAUGAGAAAUACUUUUGGAUUUGUGUGGAAUAUUUGGGGAGCCAAGUGGCAAAAAGGUGAAAAGAAGGAAGAUUCCCAUGUGGCUUACUUUCAAGUUCAACACGUUUCAACUGCCAUGAAUGAUAGGUUGAAAAUUCCAUUCAGUGUUGUGGAUGUAAAGGGAGGUCAAUAUGGACCUGGUUUGGUCAUGUUUGAGUUUUCUACAAUUUUAGGAAAGUUUGAUCUCGUUCAGACCGUAACUCCAGUUGGCCCUCUUCAUCAACAUGUUGAACAUGUUCUCUAUGUUCCUUGGUAUAUUCCUAGAUUCUUUGCCAAGUGGUUUUUAAUCUUGAUGACCUCCUUUGUGGAACAAGACAUUCCAAUUUGGAAUACCAAAACCUAUCUUCCAAAGCCAGUGUUGGUGAGAACUGAUGGACCAAUAGGUCAAUUUAGAAGAUGGUAUUCGCAAUUCUACUCUGAAAAUAGUCCAACUUUGAAAUCUCUAUCCAAAAGAUCUUUGGAAUGGUAAAUGUCAAUUAUUUUAAUUUGUAAAUAAAAUCUGAAUAUCUGUUAAUG